AUCGCAUCGCAUCGCGUGCUUUUCCUGCCGCAGCGGCUAACGCGUGGCCACGCCAUCCCUCAUUAAAUUGGGGGAGUGGGACUGAUAGCUGCAGCACCCAGCGCCCAUCCAUCCAUCCAUCCAUCAGCGACAAGUCCAGCCCCCUUGCCGCCGCCUCGCCAAAUCCACCACACCAUGAGCGCCGCCGCCUCCAAGAAGCUCUUCCAGGCCGCCAGGUCCCUCAUCCUCUCCGCUUCUCAGCGCUCCUCCGCCGCCGCCGUCCUCGCCGCCGAGGGCCGCACCGCCGCGCUCGCCACGCUCACCAACUUCGGCAGGAAGGCCCUCCCCACCGCCUACUACUCCUACCACAGGCAGGGAUCCCACCACGCUGCGUCGGGAUGGGGAGCCAUCGCCGCCGCAGUCCCGGCUGCAGUUUACAUGCUCCAGGACCAGGAGGCUCAUGCUGCAGAGAUGGAGCGCACCUUCAUUGCCAUCAAGCCCGACGGCGUCCAAAGAGGCCUGAUUUCUGAGAUUGUGAACCGAUUUGAGAGAAAAGGCUACAAGCUUGUUGCCAUCAAGCUGAUUGUUCCAUCCAAAGAAUUCGCUCAGAAGCACUACCAUGAUCUCAAGGAAAGGCCUUUCUUCAACGGGUUGUGUGACUUUCUCAGCUCUGGCCCUGUACUUGCAAUGGUUUGGGAAGGAGAGGGUGUCAUCAAGUAUGGGAGAAAACUAAUUGGUGCCACAGACCCACAGAAAUCUGAACCAGGAACCAUCAGGGGUGAUCUUGCCGUUGUUGUUGGAAGAAACAUCAUUCAUGGAAGUGAUGGCCCGGAGACAGCAAAGGAUGAGAUCGCUUUAUGGUUUGAACCCAAGGAGCUGGUCUCUUAUACCAGCAAUGAGGAGAAGUGGAUCUAUGGGGUGAAUUAACCGGCGAGUCUUUUUUUUUUUGCUCUUUUUUGCUCAAUUUUCACAUAAUUGCCUGACAGACCAAGGCAGGAUGUAAUAAAGUCGCUACCGUCACUUUUUGGUUGGAUUGUGAUUGUGACCUUCUGGUGCAGUAAGGCACAAGGAAGGUGAGGAAAGGAAUAUACCGUGAAAUAUAGAGCGUGCACUGAGUAGUCGUGAUGUUCAAAUCAAACUAUAUAUCACCUUCACUGGAGUCAUGUAAUCCAAGAUGGCGAUGUAGAUGUUUCUUUGGAAUUAUUUCUACAUAUCCCUACCA